AUGGAAAUAAUUCAAAUUCAUAUGAUUUUUAUGGUUCAACAUUCAUCUCAUACACUUUUACAACAAAAUGGUUUUAUUCAACAAGUUUAUCUUAAAUAUAAACAAGAAUGUCUUGAUGAAAAACAUUUUCGUCAACAUGUAUUUGAAGAUUUUCAACAAGAAACUCUUUGUGAUCAUGAAGCUGGUCAAUUAUAUGGUUUAGAAAAAUUCUGGGCAUUUUUAAAAUAUUCUCGACAAAAACCAAACAUCAAUUCAAAACUUGAAGAAAUUUUAAAAAACUAUAGAAAUCUUGAAGAUUUUCGUGUUGAUGGUGCAUCAUUUCCACAACAAUUUUUUCCAACAAAAUCAAAUUAUACAUUCGAAGCAAUUGCUGCUGCAGUAGCAAAGAACAGUGAUACAUCAAAUUCAUUAAAACCCAAUGUAGAAGAAUUUAGCGUUUUAAAAAGAAUUGGUAUUGGUUUAGCUAUUGCUGGUGGUGUGAUUAAUUCUAUGCUUUAUAAUGUUGAUGAUGGUCAUCAAGAUGUUAUUUUUGAUCAUUUUCGAAGUGUUAAACUAGAUGUUAUUGAAGAAGGAACUCUUUUUAUGAUUUCAUGGCUUCAUAGACCAAUUAUAUUUGAUAUUCGUACACGACCACGAUCUGUUCCAUCAAUAACAGAAAUAAAAGAUAUAAAAGCUAGAAGAGAACAGUCAACUUCAGGAGAGAGGUGA